CCGAAUGGCUCCCAGGGGCUAUACCAAAAUAAAUUGGAACUAUUGAACUAUGAUGAUCGGGACAAGAGGGCUGUUCGACGCGGUCCCUUAGCAGCCGUCACUCCAACCCCACCCCCACCCCCCAUCGUUACUCGCCGUGCGCCGAGGCCUUCUUCGCGUUUGGGGAUUUUUUUUUAAAAAAUUCUUCUCUCUUCAAUUACAUUUAUUUUAAGCGAAUAAAAACAAAAUUCCGCAAGAUUUGCGCCUCCACUACCCUCCACCUGCCAAUCUGAAGCCAAGUGUGCGUCGGCUCACAAAAUGGCAUGCGCAGCUGUGCUGGAACCGAGCGGGGACUUCCCGGCGUGGCUGGAGGCGCAGGGCGUGAACGCGGAGGUGGCCCGGGCUAUGGACUCGGAGCUGGGCAUCCGGGACUACGGGGUCCUGCGCGCCUGCGUCGGGGACGGCCUCGUGCGGGCCGAGCUGCUGUCCACGGCCCGCGACCGCCUGCCCUUCGGCUUCUACGCCGUGCUGCGGCAGGUGGUGAAGGCCCUGCAGGGGGCCGAACCCCACGACGCUGGGACACCGCACUGGGACGACGCCGCCGCUUCCUCCCCUGGCGACGUGACGCUGGGAGGCCUGGUGGACGUGCUGCUCGCGCUGUUCAGCGGCUUGAGCCGGGAGCUGCUGAUGUCCGUGCGGAGGCUGGGAGUCAUGGACGGCCCUGAAAUGGGUGUUGGUGUCUCCAGUCCACCCUGUGCAGGGGUUGAACACCAGGACUUGAUUGCUGACGAAGAGGAGCUGCCCUCAGAGGAGAAGAGUCAGUUCUCCAAUCGCGAUUGCCCCAUGGAGUUCAGAAAUUCUCAAGUCCAAACGAGCGUUACCGGAGGGGGCGGUGAUAGUGAACAACCAUUGGACGAGGGAGGGAACAGCCCUUCUACCGAGGCAAACUUCAGCCCCGUGUGGCAAGAGGUCAAAGUGGAGAGCUGCGACGGCGAGGAGUUGCCCUGCCAAGACAAGUUCUUCCUCGAGGAAGAGGUCCCCUUGAUGACGCCCGCUUGGAUGCAGCGGCAGGCGGUCGCCACCGUGGCCCAGGCUCGCCGCGUGGGGAACGACGUGAAAAAGCACUCGCCCAGGCUCGUGGCGACGGUGGCAGCGGCGGCAACGAUGGCGAACGGGGAAGAGCAUUUCCCCUUCGCCUUCGAGCGAAGCCUCUCGCUCGGCAGGACGAACCAGUCGUACACGCGCGGCGGCGGCGGCGGCGGCGGCCUCCUCGGUCUGGGAUCGCCACCGGGGUUCUUGAUUGAGAACGUCGCUUCGAUGCGGGCGGCGGCGGCGGCGCCGCCGGACAGGACGGCGAAAGGAUCGGGAUACGCCCAGUACCAGCGACACGCGGUCCACGGGAGGCACGAGGCCGAAGGCAACGCGACCGUGAGCUCGACUCGUGUUUACCCCGCCGCGCGGGGCGACGCUGCGGGCGACGACGACGCGGUGGCGGCUGCGGCUGCGGCAGCGGCGCCGGAAACGAUGGCGCCGCCCGAGGAGUCGAGGCCGUACCAGUGCCGGCAGUGCGGGCGGCAGUUUGCACGGUCGGAUGCGUUGCGGAAGCACAUGCGCAUGCACACGGGCGAGAAGCCGUACCGCUGCGACGUGUGCCUGCGCCCCUUUGCGCACUACUCCAACUUUAAGCGGCACCUGCGGCUGCACACGGGCGAGAAGCCCUACAGCUGCGACGUGUGCGGCCGUGCCUUCUCCCAGUGCUCCAGCCUCAAGGACCACCGCCACAUGCACACGGGCGAGAAGCCGUACCGCUGCGAGGUGUGCGACCUCCACUUCUCGCACCGCUCCAUCCUCUGGUCUCAUCGGCGCACGCACGCCGAGAUGGCGUGCGCGGUGGCCACCCCGGUACUGGAGCCAAGCGGGGACUUCCCGGCGUGGCUGGAGGCACAGGGCGUGAACGCGGAGGUGGCCCGGGCCAUGGACUCGGAGCUGGGCAUCCGGGACUACGGGGUCCUGCGUGCCUGCGUCGGAGACGGCCUCGUGCGGGCCGAGCUGCUGGCCGCGGCGCGCGACCGCCUGCCCUUCGGCUUCUACGCCGUGCUGCGGCAGGUGGUGAAGGCCCUGCAGGGCGCCGAGCCCCACGACGCUGGGACGGCGCGCUGGGACGACGCUUCCUCCCCUGGCGACGUGACGCUGGGAGGCCUGGUGGAGGUGCUGCUCGCGCUGUUCAGCGGCUUGAGCCGGGAGCUGCUGAUAACUGUGCGGAGGCUGGGAGCUAUGGACGGAACUGGUGUGUACAAUGAAGGUUCCUCUAUGCUCAGCACCGAAAUUGAGUCUCAGGACUUCAUGCCAGAGGAUGCGUUUCCUCCAGAAGAGAGGAACGAGUACUCAAGUCACGCACAUGGCGACAUGGAGUUUAAGAAUUCAGAGGCCGGAACAUCUGUGCUUGGAGACGAAGAGGAAGAUUGCGAGCGACCCGUGGGCGAGGGAGUGGAGGAGAGAUCGCCCCUGGAGGUCGCCUUGAGGCCUCCUGUCGCAUGGCGCGUCAUCAAAAUGGAGGCUUGCGACAAUAAGGACGCUAAGCGUUUGCCAGGCAAGAAAGAGGAGGAUCAAUCUGGGUUGAUCAUCGGAAAUGUAACGUCGCUCAAGGCCGUCGAACAACUCUACCCUCGGCCAGAAUUCUCGAGGAACGCGCAGUGGUCACAGCAGUUCCUCGCGUCCGGAGUAGCACGGGGCAUCGGUGGGAACAUUGGUGGGAACGUAGCACGAGGCCCCGUUGCUUUCUCCGUUGACGCAAACUCGAUGCGCCUACCCAGGCCGCCCAACGCAACGGGCUGCGUCUCGGAGCAGAGUUUGGCGAGCUGGCGGGCAAUCAUGCACUCCGCGGCGGCGGCGUCGGCGACGACCGUGCCGAACGGAGACAAGGGCCAGCACGGGCAGUACGUGUGCGAGCUGUGCCAGCGGCGUUUCGUGAGAAGUGACUACCUGCAGAAGCACAUGUACACGCACACGGGCGAGAAGCCAUACCAUUGCAAUGUGUGCGGCCGGGGCUUCUCCCAGCGCACCAACUGCCAGCGGCACCAGGGCCAGCAUUUAAAAGCGAAGUGGAUGGCGUGUGUAGUGGCCACCCCGGUGCUGGAGCCUAGCGGGGACUUCCCGGCGUGGCUGGAGGCGCAGGGCGUUAACGAGGAGGUGGCCCAGGCCAUGGACUCCGAGCUGGGCAUCCGGGACUACGGGGUCCUGCGCGCCUGCGUCGGGGAUGGCCUCGUGCGGGCCGAGCUGCUGGCCACGGCGCGCGACCGCCUGCCCUUCGGCUUCUACGCCGUGCUGCGGCAGGUGGUGAAGGCCCUGCAGGGCGCCGAGCCCCACGAUGGUUCUGGGACGCCGCGCUGGGACGACGCUGCCGCUUCCUCCCCUGGCGACGUGACUCUGGGAGGCCUGGUGGACGUGCUGCUCGCGCUGUUCACCGGCUUGAGCAGGGAGCUGAUGCUGUCCGUACAGAGGCUGGGAGCUAUAGAAGGCCCUAGGACAUGCUCUGAAGCAUCCUUUCCACCUGCCACUGACGGCAAGCCCGAGAUCGUGAUCAAAGUAGAAGAGGAAUACUGCCGUGGAUGUGACUCGCCCGCAGCCGAGUCCAGCUUCAUCCCUUUCCAGACGAGCGGCGAGAUGAAAUUGGAAGCGUGCGACAGCGAAGAUAAAGGAUCCCCAGAGGAAGACCCCGGAAUCUUCAUUCAAGCCGUGACUUCGCUGUACGAGCGAGUGGGGCUCCCCUGCACCGCCAAACCUGGCCCACCUUCGUCACCACAGCAGGACGCUGCAGUCGAGCUCAAAAGAGAAAUAUCAACUGUUCCUUUCAAGCACACAUCUCCGGCAGUGGCAGAGGGAUCAACAUCAUCGAUCCGGGGAACACCGUUACCCCGACUAAACACCUUGAGCCAGAAUAAUGAGGAACAGCAGCAGUGGAACGAACGCAGUCUUUCGCUUGCACAUGGCACGAUUGGACCAUGUUUCCCAAAGUUGAGCAACGCUCGGUUCGUUUUAAAUAAACGAACCGUGACGCCGUAUCGAUGCGAGCAGUGCGGUCGUGGCUUCUCGCAGAGCGGCUCCCUCGAGCGCCACCGGCUCACACACGCGACGGGGAACCUGCACGGCCGCACUUUCCGGAGCCGCUGCCGGAAGACGCGUGCGCGCGGGAUGGGGGACUUGUGCCAGUCGGCGCACGCGCAGGAGAGUCCCUGCGACAAAUCUGAAUCCUGGUCGUCCCAGCUGAGAGAGCACCUUCACACGGGCGAGAAGCCGUACCGCUGCGAGGCGUGUGGGCAGGCGUUCAUGCGGGCUUUCUCGCUCAAGAACCACCUGCGUGUGCACACCGGCGAGAAGCCCUACCGGUGUGGCGUGUGUGGCAAGACGUUCUCGCAACCCGCCACGAUGAAACGACACCAGCACGUGCACACGGGCGAGAAGCCCUACCGGUGCGACGCUUGCGGGAAGACGUUCUCGCACACCGCGACGCUCAAACGGCACCAGGGCAUUCACACGGGGGAGAGGCCCUACGUGUGCGAGGUGUGCAACCGCAGCUUCGCCCGGGACACCACCUUGAAGAGCCACCGACGCGUGCACACGGGUGAGAAGCCGUUCCGCUGCGAAGUGUGCGACCGAGCGUUCUCGCACCCCACUACCCUCAAGAACCACCAGUACGUGCACAUGCAGGGCAAGCAGCACCAGUGUGACGUGUGCGGCAAAGCUUUCUCGCGAGCCACCACUCUGAGGAAACAUGAGCAAACGCACGGGUUACCGCCCGGACAAAUGGCGCAGAUCGCCGCUGCCCCAGAGUGUAGCGGGCUGACGACCUAGUGGUUCACGGUCCAGUGGCGGUGCAGAGUUUUUGGUGUACAGGCAAUGCGACUGUAAAUGGGGCCCAGGGUCCAAAGGUAGGGGCCUGGGCACUGAGCUAUGAAGAGGGGGAGAAAGUUGAAGGAGGCCCCAAUUUAUUUCCUUGCACCAGGGCUAGUGCCGACCCCGCUGUAGUACAUCUGGUAAAAAGUGGAGAGAGGUGAGAAGACCGGGCAAGGCGGAGGUUCAGCAGAUACAUGUAGAUAGAGCAUGUUUCCUGAGGAGAGGAUUGUCGCAACAGUUAAGUGACUUAUGGAGGAAGGUUCAAAUGCAUCGGAGUAUAAAUUAUUAUUUAAAAGGGACGUUACAUUGUUUGCCUAGGGCACCUUUGACGUAAAGACCAGUCCAGACAAGACAAGACUCAAAUUUUUGGCUGGUAAUAUUAUUUAUCACACCCCCCCCUACCCUGCCUGUUAUUUUUUACACAAAGCACUUCUCUUCUAAAUCAAAGGUUGUCGUCGGCUGCUCAGAUUGUCUUUAUCCAUGUGCAUCAAUUCUUUGCCUCUUCCCCACCUGUCAUAUCUCAUUCCACCCUUCAAUCUCAUCCCCGGGCUCCCUCUUUCCCUGUCCUGCACAGGUGGCGUACAUCUUCAUAGCCCUUAUACACCAAAACCUUGCCCAUCACGGGGGUUACCUUCUUGAAAAUAGCUGCAAUCGGCAAAU